GCCACCUACAACAAACACACGCGCGCGCUCGUGCACGCGCGCACACCUCCUCUUACCUCCUCGCGCUCAGAGCUGCCCAGACUUGAGGGAAGAAUGGCGGCUCCUCGGACCUUCUUCAUCUCUCUCUGCGGCUUGUUUCUGCUUCUGUAUUUCUGCUGCGGAUCUACGACCUCCAGCAGCAGGAGGACGAACCAGGAGCGAUGCGGCUUCAAGGCGCAGGCUGGUGUAGACGGUCGCAGGUUGGCCGUUGCCUUCAGAGCUGAUAACUGCUCAUUAAACUACCCACUGGGGAAACAUGUGAUUCAUGAAGUCACCAACAUUUCCUUCAGCCAUCUGGCCUGUGAGGAUCAGGCUGCUGUGGUCGUCCACUGGUCUGCAAGUCCACUAGGGAUUGAACACAUUAAAGGCUUCAGAGUUUACCUGGAGGACAAGAACCCAGAGGGCAAACGGUGUCAGCACCUGAUCCUCAAAGAUCCUCGACAGCUCAACUACUCCUACAGGAACACGAAGCUGAGCAGUCAGCCGUUCACUGGUUUGACAUUUGACACUGAUUACCUGGUUCGAGUUGUUCCCUUUCCAUCUCUGAUGAAUGAGAGUUUCUUCCCUCCAUCCUUCCUCCGGACCAACUCAUGUGAAGUCCUCUUGAGAUCGGACAACCUGGUCUGUAAACCAUUCUGGAGACCAAAGACUCUGAACAUGUCUCAGCUUGGAUCGACCCUUCACGUGGCCUUCGAUCAGGCUCCGGCCUCCUUCGGCUUCCACUUCUACUACCUGUACUACAAACUCCGGCAGGACGGACCCUUCAGACUGCAGCGCUGCAAACCAGAUGUGAACCAGCCCAGAGCGACAUGCAUCCUCCAGGAUGUCACUCCAGGGACCUACACUAUAGAGCUAAGAGAUGAUGGUAACACAACCAGGAGACAAACUCAGUACCACGUCAGCCAAGUCCACUCCCCCUGGGCGGGGCCUAUCCGUGCCAUGGCCAUCACGGUGCCUCUGGUCAUCAUGUCUGCCUUCGCCACCCUCUUCACUGUCAUGUGUCGUAAGAAGCAGCAAGAAAACAUCUACAGUCAGUUAGACGAGGAGAGCAGCGAGUCGUCCAAUCAAAGCGCUGCGUUGAACGCUGAUCGGCCAUGGCCCCGCCCCAAAGUCUUCAUCUGCUACUCCAACAGAGACUGCCCCAAACACACCAGCGUCAUCCAGAGCUUCGCCUACUUCCUACAGGACUUCUGCAACUGCGAGGUUGUGUUCGACCUGUGGGAACACCUGGAGAUGUGUAAAGAGGGGCAGAUGUCGUGGCUCAGCCGGCAGCUGGAUGAAGCAAACUUUAUCAUCACUGUCUGUUCCAAAGGCCUACGCUACUACAUGGAGAAGAAGAGCCGCAGAGGAAAGACGCCGGUCAAUCGUCGUCACAACAGCAGCAGCAGCAGCAGCAGCUCCACUGUGAUUGGUGGGUCAGGCGGUGACCUGUUUGUUGUGGGUGUGGCCAUGAUUGCAGAAAAGCUGCGGCUGGCGAAGCAGAGCGACAGGGACGGAGCUCAGGAGCUGAACCGCUACAUGACGGUUUACUUCGAUUACUCGACAGAAAACGACAUUCCCACCAUGCUGAGUCUGGCUCCCAGGUUUAAGCUGAUGGACCAGCUGCCUCAGCUCUUCAGUCAGCUCCACUCCAGUCAGUCCAGUCUGGCUGAGCGUGAGCAGCAGCCGCUCAACGUCUCCAGGAGGAACUACUUCAGGAGCAAGUCCGGACGCUCGCUCUACAUCUCCAUCUGCAACAUGCACCAGCACAUCAGCCAGAACCCCGACUGGUUCGAGAAGCAGCUGACUCCUGCAGGAGGCUCCUCCUCCGAGUCCUCCUCCAAACAGCUUCCUCUGCCUGCUGCUCCAAGUCCUCCCCCAAAGCCUCCCUGCUGCUCCUCAUCUCAGGCUGAGCAGCGGUUUGACUCUGGCCUGGUGCUGAAUGAGGUGGUGGUGAGAACGCUGCCGCUGGAGGGCAGCGACACAACGCCCAGGAGGAACAUGCUCCUGCUGGCCCCGGGCUCCAGCUCUAGCCUCAGCCUUGGCCCAAGUCCCAGUCCUGGUCUGUGUCCCAGUCCUGGUCUGUGUCCCAGUCCUGGUCCCUGUCCCGGUCCUGGUCCUGGUCCCUGUCCCGGUCCUGGUCCCUGUCCCAGUCCUGGUCCCUGUCCCAGUCCUGGUCCCUGUCCCGGUCCCAGCCUGCCCCGCUGCUCACUGGGAGCCGCUUCAAGGUCCACUUCUGGAAUAGCUGGACUUUUACCGGAGGAGCCUUCCUCCUCAUCUUCCUCUUCCUCUUCACCUCCCCCCAUUCUGCAGGAUGAGGUGUGUCCUGACCCCGCCCAGGCAGAGGAGAGCUGUCCAUCUGCUCCAGAGGUCCCACCUCCUCGUGAUUCGGGCAUCUAUGAUUCGUCUGUCCCCUCCUCAGAGCUUUCUAUCCCUCUAAUGGAAGGACUGUCACAUGACCAAGCAGACUCCUCCUCCCUGGCUGACAGCGAAUCGUCUUCUUCUGGGCUGGGAGACGAGGAGCUGCCGGCGGUCGUGUCGCUCUGCUGCAGCUCUGUGACGGAGUGUAAAGCUGAGCUGCACCACCAUCAUCACAGCGACUCUCUCACUCCUGUGGCACUGAUGUAGAGGACGCCAGCAGCCAAUCAGUGAGGACCAGCCCAGUGAUGUCAUCACAGGGCCAGAAGUGUACUUGGCUGUACUGGUCUUUUCUGGUCUGUACUGGUCUGUACUGUCAUUGCCAAUCAAACAUAACUGGAAGAAUGAGAAGACACUGGAGGGUCACAUGUUCUCAUCAGCGAUGGGAGUUCUAUGUUGUAGAACUCUCCUUUUCAUUGGCAGUGGUAACCAUGGAGACAGUACUUUCUGGUAAUCAUGAUAACCACUGAUUUUAGAGCUGUAGUCCUUGUGAACUGUGACAAACACCACUCUGUUUUUUUGAACACUGUUCCCUGGUAACUAUGGAGACCACUGUAUUCUGGAACUCCAGUCCCCUGUGUUUAUGGUAACGGUGGUGUUCUGCAGCGUUGGUCCCUGGUAACUAUAGUAACCCCCGAUGUCUAGGACAGUAUUCCAGGGUAACUGUGGUAACCACUGGGUAGUAGAACAUUGGUCACAUUUAUCUGUGGUAACUCCUGCAUUCUAGGGCAUUAGAACAUGUAGCUGUGGUAAAUAGUGUGUUCAGGAACACAGAUCCCUGUGACGAUGGUAGCCUCUGCAUUUUUACAACAACAGUCCUCUUAACUGUAACCACAGCAUUCUGGGACACUACUUCUUGGUGUAACUAUGGUAAUGACUACAUUUUGGAAUGCCAGUCCAGGUGGUUAUGGUAACGACUGAGUCCUAGAACAGUAGUCCCUUGUCACUGUGGUAACCACUGGGUUGUAGGACGUUUGUCACUGGUAACUAUGGUAACCACUGCCUGCUGAUAGAACAAGUACUGUAACCAACUGAUUGAUUGAUUGAUUGAUCGAUUGAGUUCUAGAAUGCUGACAACUAUGGUAACCACUAAGUUCUGGAACACUUAGCCCUGGUAACCGCUGCAUUUUAGAGUGGUUGUCUUAGUAACCUCUGAGUUCUACAACCAUAGUCCCUGUCGCUCAGUUGUACAACGUUUGGUCACAGGUAGCCAUGGUAACUGCUGGGUUCUGAAACUUUACUCCCUGGUAACAAUGGUAGUGACUGUGUUUGUCCAAAUCGCCAUGGCAACCGCCUUGUUCUGUAGCGAUGAUAAUUCCAGUAUCUGUGGGAAACAUGAAGUUCAGGACCACUGCUCCCUGGUAUCUCUGGUAAGCAGGUCGUCUAGAGUGAUAGUCUCUGGUAACUAAGGAGCUUUGUACCACUAAUCCGCCUGCUUGGAGGGUUUGAAGGACUGGAUCUCCAGAUGAGUUGAAACCAAAGCGUACCUCGAUGGAUUGGUUGCUUGAUUAGUAACGGCUGACGGUGGGUGGAAGUCUGUUACCAAAACAAGACGCUGAAACCAACUGAUUGUUCUGAUCUUGGAUGCAGAAAUGCAGGAAGUCACAGGACUGCAGACAUGUUCAGAUGUGACCCAGCUACAGCAUCUGACAUCUUCAGAGCAGCUGAACUAGAGGCUGCUGAACACAUCAGCGCAGAAAGGGCACAACAGGAUGCAUUUUCUAUUAUCAUUUGUAAUAUUCUCAACAUUUGGGACCCAAACCAACUCAAUACUUAACAAUUUGCAGAAAACCUGAACAUGAAUACCGUUUAUAAAGUUUCUGUUUUUCACUUACAUCUGCGCUUUUAUAUUAGGAGUAGAAGGUGAUGGAGUAUUGUAGGACUGUUAAAGAGCUGUCAGCAGUGGUACUUCAACCUAAUAAUGUGACAUAAUACAGUGGAAGAGUGUAAAUCUGUUUGUUGUGAACUGAGAAGUUGUUUCUUUUCGUUGCAGAAAGUGGCAAAGAUGAUGGCGCUUCAGUUUUAAAAAUGACCACAUGACUUUAAAUAUACCCAGUUGUGCCUGAAAAAUGACCUGCUUAUCAAGUGUGUGAUGGGAUUCUGUCAGACGUCAAAUUUAGGAGAAAUUAAACAAUUUUUAAAAAAACUUUUUAUAUCAAAAUUCAGAAAUGGCAAUCCAUUCAUUUCUCUUAGAGAAUUUUUAUAUAAACAGAAUAAUUCCAGGCUUUUUCUUGUAAAUCUUUUUUAUUUCCUGACAGGAAUGUGCAGUUAUUGAUCCCUUGUACAUAUGUCCUGAUAGGCAGAGGACACCGAGGAUCAGCGGCUGCACUAAUUUUGUUUUCUGGAUCACAAACCUUGAGUUCAGUGUGCUUUAAGUUUUUAUAAACUCCUUUUAAAGUCCGUUUUCUGAGUUGCUGCUGACGGCUUUUGGUUCAUCUACAGAUGUGUUUGUUGGAAGGAUAGUUGGAGCAUUUCCCACUUGUAAAUAUUUGUAUUUUACUCUGAAAAUGUCUAAUCUGAUUUUAUUUUGUAUAGACUGUUAUUUCAGUAUUUUUUUUAAUUUUUUAGAAAUGUACUGUUUUAUAGUACCUUAAUUUAGGAAAUAAAUAAAUCAGUCCACACAAACAUUCUUCUUUUCAUAUUUUCUUUCAGUCACAGACUACUGGGAGUUUGUAGGAUUUCUCGGUAGCUCAUAGAUUCUUACAUUUGUUGCAGGAUGUAAAGCUUUUUAUCAGAUAACCAGGAGGUAAUGCUGCUGCAUCAUAACCACUUAUUUAACAACCCUAUUGAACCAUUUGUAUCUCAUUUGAUCCAUUUGUUUCUGAGACCUUUUAUCUCAUCAACAGGAUGAGCAGUUUCCUUAAAAACCUGUUGUCUAUAACCUGGUGCAUGUAUUCUGCCCCCUUGUGGAUCAUCGCUCCACUACUGGCAGCUGAAGUCGUUUUUUGCCCCUUUUUAAAAUGGCUACUCGUCCACACACAUUUUUUUUUUGGAACAUCAUUGCUAGUUUUCAAGAAGUAACGGUAAAAAUAACAUCUACAUUAUUACUCCUUUUUUAAAAUAACUAUUUUCUGCAUUGAAAGAAUCCAUAUUUGCUGAGUAAUUCAUUGUUUAUCUUGCAGGUAACUCAUAUUAAAAUGUGUGUAUCAGAUGCGAUACUCCAGGAUUAUAACAUGCUUUUUCCUGAAUGUAACAUGUUUGUAAUGCAAUCUACAAUAUACCAAUGAAAAUACAAGCGCACACUAUUUUGAUGCCUUAA